GUUUUACUUGCGUUUUAAGAUGGGCCACUGAACUCAGUGUUGUGCUAUAGCUGCUCUCUUAUCCUAUGCCAAAUAUAUUUUUCUACUUGAAACACCGCCCCAUUAAUUUCUCUCUCAAAUUUCUUCCCUUUUUUGUCAAUAAAUCACCCCCAAUAAAUUCAAUUAAAUAGGGGCAUUUCCCAAAUACAUUUUCUUUUGCUGAAUUGCAUUAUACCAUCAAAAAAUUGGUAAAAAGAAACUCAAUUUUUUUUAGUUCAAUUUUCUGGGUAUAGAAUUUGAAGCAGAGCUAAAAUGGCUCUAAAUUUCUUGUCAACAGCAGAGAUAAGAGCUAUUUCCUUUUUAGAUUCCUCUAAUUCUUCAACUCAGCAUCUUAAACUUAAAGGUAAUUUAUCUUGCAAAAGGAAGGACAUUCAAACACAUAGCAAAAAGAUCUGCUGUUCAGCGCAACCGGCUCGGGGACCACCCCCAGCCUGGCCCGGACGAGCAGUAGCAGAGCCUGAUCGCAAGGUUUGGGAUGGUCCGAAGCCUAUAUCUAUUGUUGGAUCUACUGGUUCUAUUGGUACUCAGACAUUAGAUAUUGUUGCAGAAAAUCCAGAAAAGUUUCGAGUUGUUGCACUCGCUGCUGGUUCAAAUGUGACUCUUCUUGCUGACCAGGUCAAGAGAUUUAAACCCGAAUUAGUUGCUAUUAGAAAUGAGGCCUUAAUUGGUGAACUCCGAGAAGCUUUAGCUGAUGUCGAGUACAAGCCAGAAAUUAUUCCAGGCGAGGAGGGCGUAAUUGAGGUUGCACGCCACCCAGAUGCUGCUACGGUAGUUACAGGGAUAGUUGGCUGUGCAGGACUGAAGCCUACAGUGGCGGCUAUUGAAGCAGGCAAAGACAUAGCUCUAGCUAAUAAAGAGACCCUCAUUGCUGGUGGUCCUUUUGUGCUUCCUCUUGCACACAAGCAUAAUGUGAAGAUUCUCCCAGCUGAUUCUGAACAUUCUGCAAUAUUUCAGUGUAUCCAAGGAUUGACAGAAGGAUCUCUUAGACGUGUAAUAUUGACCGCGUCUGGUGGAGCAUUCAGGGAUUGGCCUGUGGAGAAACUAAAAGAAGUAAAGGUAGCAGAUGCAUUAAAACAUCCUAACUGGAGCAUGGGGAAGAAGAUUACAGUGGACUCCGCUACCUUGUUCAAUAAGGGACUAGAAGUUAUUGAAGCCCAUUACUUAUUCGGUGCUGAAUAUGAUGACAUCGAGAUCGUGAUUCAUCCACAAUCAAUCAUCCAUUCGAUGAUUGAAACACAGGAUUCAUCAGUCCUCGCACAGUUGGGUUGGCCUGAUAUGCGAUUGCCUAUAUUGUACACAUUAUCGUGGCCUGAUAGAAUAUACUGCUCUGAGAUAACUUGGCCUCGCCUUGAUCUCUGCAAGCUUGGGUCGUUGACGUUUAGAGCUCCUGACAAUGAGAAGUACCCGUCUGUGAAUCUGGCUUAUGCUGCAGGACGUGCUGGAGGCACUAUGACAGGGGUUCUUAGUGCAGCUAAUGAGAAAGCUGUUGAGAUGUUUAUAGAUGAGAAGAUAAGCUACUUAGAUAUCUUUAAAGUUGUGGAGCUAACAUGCGAUAAACAUAGGAACGAGUUGGUGGUGUCGCCUUCAUUGGAAGAAAUCGUGCAUUACGACCUCUGGGCACGGGAUUAUGCUGCCAGUUUGCUGCCUUCUAUAGGCUUGAGUCCAGUCCCUGUCUAAAACUACCAACAACUUCAUGAAUGAAAUACUUUGCAUCUAAGAAUUUUGCAUAGUUUUCUGUAUUGAUUAGAUACACAUUGAUCUGCCUGAAAUUUGUAGAGUAAAUUUUAGCUUAGAAAAGCCAAUUUCUGUAUAAACAGGCUGAAAAGUGUGGUGAUUUCCGAGUAGGAGGAUCGAGGAUAACGGUGAAUGUAAUAAUGCAGCAUUUCUGGUGGCUCUGGGAUUAUACAUUCUGUAAAGUGCAGUUUAAGUAGUAAAUACCUUAUUAUUAUUGCAGCAUUGCUGAUGA